UCCCUGUUCUAACUGUUUCGUCGACAAUAGUUGCUACGAUCAAUUAAGAUUCUCACUCAAGGAACCGAUAUCCAGACUCGGACUGUCCGCUAUAAAAGCGCUGGAUGGUGCUAUGUCUGCACAAACUCCAUACGCCCCAUCAUGACCAUAGUCACAGAUGGUCCCGCUUUCUUACCGUUUGUCGGUAAUGCUAGUCUUGUUAGCUAUUUUGCAGUUGUAUCUUCUGCCGUGAUGGUAUACGAUUGGGCAUUAACGUUCGGACAAGAGGCAAGGUUCUACAUCAGAAGCAAAUUGGAUAGCAAUGCAGUUGACUUGGGGCAGAUGCAACACUGGUCCUUCAUGACCAUUCUCUAUGUUUGUGUGCGCUACAUUGGAAUAUUCUAUUCUGUGAUCAUCAUACUAUGGUAUCUUCCAGUCUCGAUAACAGACGUAGUGCGCCUUAUCUUUUACUUCAUAUGGACAUGGACGCCUGUCGUCGUCAAUGCUAUGCUGGGCGUCAUCAUGACGAUUCGGAUACGUGCCAUGUAUCAACAAUCAAAAAAGAUGCUUGUCUUUCUUGUUGUAACCUUGCUGGCUUCCACGGUCGCUUCCGGCGUUAUGACGGUAAUGGUAAACAUCGGUAUUUUAGCGGAGGAAUUCAUCAUUUCUGGCUACCACGUGUGUCUUAUCAACAAUAACACAGACCAGAUGGAUCUGGGCUUGGAGCGUUUCAUAUCCACCGCUAUAUGGGAGAUCGUCGCCUUCGUUCUUGCAGUCUGGGUUGUCAUUAAACAUUUGCGUGAGCUCCGACAAUCUUCGACGGGACCGACCGUUAGGGACUGUUUUAUGGUGUUAACUAAAAGUCACGCAUUUUACUUCGUAGCCUUAGCUGCUGUAGCUUGCUUGAGCCUAGGCACACUGUCUUCAAAUAUCAUGUACUCAUUGUCUGUGGGAAAUGCCCUUUAUAGCGCUGUCCUCCAAAUCGCCCAGGUCUUGCAGAUGUUUAUACUAGGGCCGCGUCUGAUCCUCAGCAUUCGUGAAUAUCAUGCUAACCUCUUGGUCAUGUCCGACGAGGGAACAGUCAUGACGUCCAUUCAUUUCCAGGCUGGUGGCGAUGCGUUGAAUGGCAGAGAUGUGUUGACGGGUGGAUGUCUAACACAGGAAACUAUAUGAUCAACCACAGUACUGUACAGGGAGCAUGUAUAUUUUAUUAGUUUUGUUGUGGUAUUUAUUAGCGUUCCGGAGUGAUUUGGAGAAUAGAUUUAGGUUUUCU